UUCUGAAGCAACAGCUGUUCGAUUGUAAACAAAAGAAAAAACAACAAAACACAAGGUGUCGCAGCGGAAUAUUACGUUGCAAGCGAAGUGCAUAGGAGGAGUGCAUUGAAAGUGCAUUUUGCGUGAAGAGAGAUCACGUAAUCGGACGCAUGUGCAGUCUACAUAUCGAGGAGGAGGCCCACUUGGCGGCCAUGGGUGGGAACGGGGACGGAACACGAACGCCCAGCCCAAGGCCAAGGUCACACGAAGCUAACAUCGCACUGUUCGACAUUUGCUGGGAGGAUGUGCUCCUACCACACAUGUCGACCUAUCUGUCGCUGAAGGACCUAUUCAACUUGCGCUGCUGCUCGCAGACGGCGCGACGCUUUGCCGAGGCUUCGCUGGAAAAACGCCAGGAGCUAAAUUUUUCUGGGAAUAACACAAGCAAUAUUGAGCUGGCCUUCAAGGUAGUGGCCCGUUGCUGCCGGCGGCUGGAGGUGUUGCAUUUGGCCUGCUGCAAGUGGCUGACCGAUGAGCUGCUGCUGCCCUUGCUGACCAACAAUAAGCACCGGCUCUGUGCCGUAAAUCUCAAUGAAUGCGUGAACAUCACGGCCCUCUCGCUGCAGCCGAUCAUAGUGGAGUGCAAGGACUUGCGGAUUCUCAAGCUGUCCAAGUGCCAGUGGCUCACCACCGGCGCCGUGGAUGCCCUGACCCUGCAUCAGAGCAAGCUGGUGGAAUUUGACAUAUCCCACUGCGGGGCCAUUGGCGAGCGCUGUCUGAUCAUCUUCUUCCGUAAGCUGAACAAACUCACCGUCCUGUCGCUGGCCCAUACACCCAGUGUGACGGAUCAGGUGCUCAUCCAGAUCGGAAACUAUUGCCGGGAGCUCGAGCACAUUAAUUUGAUGGGCUGUGUGGCCAUUUCCGACUAUGGAGUGCACGCUCUGACAGUACACUGCCUGCGUCUCCGGACACUGCUGAUCCGACGCUGUCCGCGUGUUACGGAGCAUUCUCUGGCCCCGCUGCGCCAGCGACGCCUGUAUAUCGACCGGCCAUGGCAGGACAAUGCACACAAUGCCUACAAUCUGAAUGAUUUCUAUCCCAGCGACUUUCUUGUUUACUAGUCCAACAUCUUGCUCUCUCCUCUCUCUCGUCCCUUUCCCGCAGUGCACUGACGAAGACCUGCACGCGGCUGCAAUCGCUGAUGGUGCAGCGUUGUCCUCUGGUCACCGAGCGGGUUUUGGCUCCGUUGCGUGGUCGUGUGCAUCUGGAUCGCCCUAGCAUGGGCUACAAUUUGCAACCCAGCCAG